UGCCUGCAUCGUUUCCAUGUCAGCAUGGGAACUGCCGUGUCCAAAAGGAAGAAUUUAAGAAACGAUGCGAUAUCCUCUGUGGCAGCAAAAGUUAGAGCAGCACGUGCAUUUGGAGAGUACCUGUCCCACACACACCCUGAAAACAGAAACGGAUCAGCUCACCUCCUGUGUGAAACAUUGGUGGGUCCAGACCCGGAGUCACCAAGCGGCACCAUUGGCCCAAACAACAACAACCACUUGCAUCCCUUCUCCGAUCACCACUCCAGCACCAGCAACACCAAGGGCUUGGAGGCCGACCCGGAGCCCAGUCUCGUGAAACCCGCGCUGGGCUUGCUGCAGCCACCUCCCCCCUCUAUCACUGUCACCACCAAGCCAGCCCGGCUGUCCUUGGAGCGCAGCUUCUCUGCGGAGGAAGACCAGCAGAAGUGCGUCGAGUGCACCCUGCAGCCUGCCCGCGUCUACACCAUCACCACCCAGCACGGCAUGCUGAUGAGCGGCGGCCGGGAGAGCAAGGAGAGUGUAGAACUGGAUGUCCUGAAGGAGAGGUCAGGGAGCGGAGCCGUUGGAUCCAGGAGCAGAGGUGGCGGCUCAGGCAGCGGCGAUCCACACCUCCAGACCACGCUGAUCCAGCCCUCAACUUCCCCUACCUCCACCUCAUCCUCUCCGACCCAGUACCACCAAGCCAGCAGUGGCCGUGGAAGCAGCGGCUGUGGCGGCGGCCACCACCACAGCAACCAUCACCACAGCAACCACCACCACUCCGUCUCUGGCACCGGUGCGUCCUCGAGUAGCGGAGCAGGCAGCAGCAGCAGCGGUGGUGGCAGCAGUGGCAAGAGUGGUGCCAGCGGAAGCAGCAGUGGCGGCAGCAGCAACAACCAGCACCAGCAUGCUGUAUCUGUCAGUGGGUCCCACGGCCAUCACGGCUCCCACCAUCACGCCCACCACCAUCUGUCCCAACCCCCGCUGCAGUCCUCCGUUAGCGCCCACAACAUCCGAAGCUGGGGCGAGGGGGCGAAAGGGGAGCCGGAGUGUAGUGGCCUGGCCUGUGACUCGUGCAGCGGCGCCCCCUCACGCAGCCAGGGCUCCCUGGACCUGGAGAGCACGUCCCGUGAGGCAGGCAAGCAGCACCGACGCCUAGAGCGGAUGUGGAGUGUGGACCGGGUGACUGGGCUGGAGAGAGAGGACAAUAACUGGUUCCCCAAAGAAAAUAUGUUCAGCUUUCAGACUGCCACAACAACUAUGCAGGCGAUAUCGAACUUCCGGAAACAUCUUCGGAUGGUGGGCAGCAGGAGAAUGAAAGCACAGACGUUUGCCGAGCGUAGAUCGAAGAGUUUCAGCCGCUCCUGGAGUGACCCCACCCCUGUCAAGACUGACUGUCCUCAUGAGCCCAGAGACAGUGGGGACCUGCAGGCUUCCUGCGGCACCCUGGAUGAAGGAGGUCUGGACGAGCCAAUGGACUGGGAGGAGGAGAGAGAGAUGGAGAGGCUGGCCUGCGAGGGAGACGACUUUAUACCUCCUAAAAUCAUGCUGAUCUCCUCUAAAGUCCCUAAGGCAGAGUACGUUCCCACUAUCAUCCGCAGAGAUGACCCCUCCAUCAUCCCCAUCCUCUAUGACCAUGAACAUGCCACUUUUGAUGAUAUCCUUGAAGAAAUAGAGAAGAAGCUUACAGCUUACAGGAGAGGCAGCAAGUUUUGGAGGAUGCUCAUCUUCUGUCAGGGAGGUCCAGGUCAUCUGUACUUACUGAAGAAUAAAGUAGCAACCUUCGCCAAGGUGGAGAAGGAGGAGGACAUGAGCCAGUUCUGGAGGAGGCUCAGUCGCUUCAUGAGUAAAGUCAACCCAGAACCCAACCUCAUCCACAUAAUGGGAUGCUACGUCCUGGGAAAUCCCAACGGAGAGAAGCUGUUCCAGAAGCUGAAGAAUCUGAUGAGGCCUUAUUCUGUCGAGUUCGAGUCACCACUGGAGCUGUCUGCACAGGGAAAAGAAAUGAUUGAGAUGUACUUCGACUUCCGCCUCUACCGACUUUGGAAAACACGCCAGCACUCCAAACUCUUGGACUAUGAGGAUCUGUUGUGACGGUGAACCUGGCUAACGGUACAGCGGAGCCUCCACAGCCAGGAGGAACUUCUCCAAACUGAACAUGACUCCACUGAAUCCCCCUGUGUAACAACCAGUCAUACCUGCUUUCAUCCUAGAGAGGAGAGGGAGAGGAGGAUCGGGGAUGAGAGGACAAAGAGGUUGGAUGCUUAAGAGAACGGAGUUUUAGAGUAGAGGAAGAGGAGAGUGAGGAGGCUGGCACCAAAUUAGAUCAUGCCAUGCUUCCUGUGUUAAUGAAUAGGAAAUGAAUGAAUAACAAAAAAGAGGGAAAAGUAGAGAGAAAGGGAUUGUAAACAUUAGAAAGUCACCAACUCUCUCCACCUCUUGAGUUUGAAAGCAACAAGGAGCAUCUAAAAUUGAAAUAAUGUAAACAAACAAAACACAUUUUGUAACAUCUCCGUUGGAAGGACAUACUUUUUGAGGCUGAUGUGCUUCAGAAAUUGUUGAAAUUCAUGCUGUCAUAAUAUCAUUCUAUGUUUUGACUGGACCUCUCAGAUAAUCUCAGACCCCAAGAGAUAUGCAUAGAUAUAAAUCCAUAUCUAUAUGUGUGUAUAUAUCACAUGAAUAUAUAGCAUAGCUUUAGUCAUGCAAAGAAUACUAUAUAUGAUAAUAAUGAUACAUCAUUUAUUUUUGAUGUGUGUUGUUGUGCAAUUUCAUAUGGAAAUACUUUUGAAUAACUCAGGUUUUAGCCAUGAAGUAAUUAAUCUGUUUGUCGGGUCUAUUCUAUCAGAUAUUGUAAUCUUCAUCGCCAUCGCUUGGGAUGAAUGUAUUAUCUCUCCAGAAAUUUGUCUUCAAUUUGAGGAGUUGAACUUUGUGUUUUUGGUAAAAAAAAAAAGAAAAAAAAUGGAAAAAAAAGGAACCUGUACAGUAUGCCAAUAACGUGUAUGUAUGUGUGCGUGUGUGUGUGUGUGUGUGUGUGUGUGUCUGCCAUGCUUGUAUACAGUACAUGCUGGUGUGUAAUUUCUGUUUCUGCUCCUUCGUCAAGUUCAAUUAUCACCUCCCAAAGUUAGAUUUCUCUCUCUCUGUCCCUCUCUCUGUCUCUCUCUUUCUCUCACAAACACACACACACACACACAUACAAAGAUAGUUUAGUAUGACUCAUGAUGUCAAGUUGGAUGUAACAGCCAGUCAACUGUCCCAGGCCCCGUAUUGUAGGAGCUGCCCUAUUGAUCCCUCCUGCUCUCUGCAUCAGAGGUGAAGCCACUUAGCUGGCCCCUGUCAGAGGAGCUGGCUGCUCUCGCUGUCUGCUAGACACUGUCGGCUUCCAGCGCGGCGGCCAAACGAGCUCUGCCACCUCUCACUCCACUGGGCUGGGAUCCAGUCAGAAAAUCGGAGCUCUAUGAAUUGAAGUGAUCUGCCAGGAGUUGAAGCUCGCUAUUAAGCAGCCAUCUGCUGCCUCUGCCAGGUGUCGGCUAGUUGUGUACCAGAAUUAUGCACUUGAGGGUGUGUGUGUGUGUGUGUUUGUGUGUGUGUAUGAGUGUGUGCAUGCGGCCUCUCGGUUUGUGUCUGUCUCUGACACUAUUACACAACCUGAGGUGUCAGUUUAAGGAUAGUAGAGUCUGUAGAUUAAGAGAGCAGCUGCUGAGCUUUAGUCCUGGACAGCAGUCAGAAACAACAUGCACGAAACACACACAUAGAUGCAUAAACACACACACACACACACACACACACACACACACACACACACACACUUACACUCACAAACUGAACAUAGGCUCUUCAAGCCAAGAUAUUGUAUAUCUGUGUAUGGGAAAUGCUUUUCCGUUCCAUUUUGUUUGGACGUGUUAUUUGGAGCAUUAUGUGAAGUUUUUUUGGGGUUGAAGUAGAGCACUCUCACUCGAGUGGCCUCCCCUCCAUCUCUCAUCUUGUAGUAAUGGAGGCACUGAUAUAACCGCCACUCCAGUUCUGUGUAUGCCCUUGCCCUCACUGACACUGCAAUGCUGAUUGUCUGGCACAGAUAAGUGAUCUGUGAGCCUGAGUCACAUCGCACUUGUUUUCACUGCAGCUUUAAAAACAGUUGGGGAGCCUGUUGUGUUGUUAACUCACUUUAACUCACUUUUAAAAAAAAAAACGCUCUUCAAAGCUUCUUAUGCAACCGAAUAUUUCUCUGAACCUUACC